GGAGCGGUGUCGUCCGGGUGGCCCGGGUGCAGACGCCGGGCCAAUAUACAGCACGCCAGGGGGCCACAUCGGCCUUUUUGCGGGGCCCUUCCUGGAUCCUAACGCGGUAUUCAAAUGUGAGGAUCGGGGCGGGACACUCGGCACCUUAUAAGAGGAGGACGCGGAGGGCUCCUGACUGUACCAGCGCGCCCACAGCCGCCUGUCACGCUGCGCCCCGAGGCCCCGGAGCACAGACCGAACCCAACUCUGCUCCUGAAACAAUGGAUGAGUGACCAAUAAGAUAUAUUGACUUUACUAUCACAGGGCAGAGUGCCACGUUACAGACCUCAUCUCCACAUUUUUGGGGCUAAAUAUUUUUCCUACUUUUGGAUUUUCCCGAAAGGAUUUGAUUUUUGCCUUUGACUUGUUUCCUCUUCAUCAACUCGGCCACAGACAAACCUUUCUUCUUCGGAGAUUUGCGUUGGGGAUGUUGAGCUCUGUGAAGAUGGAAUCUCAUGAUCUAACAGAGUGGAAUACUUUCUACAGCGAGGCCAGCGAGAUGUAUUCCUCUCCCAGCAGCAUGAACCCUGGCCUGGGUUCCAUGGGCUCCAUGGGCCCCAUCAGCAGCUACAUCAAUCUGAACCCGGCCGCCACGUCCCCCGCAGGCAUGAACAUGCCGUACCCCAGCUCCAGCCUCAGCAGCUCCCCGGCAGCGCUGGCCUCCAUGGGCUCCGGGCCCAGCCACAUGUCCCUCUCUCCCGUGGCCCCGUCUCUCAGCUCCGGCUCUCUCACCCAGCUGGGCCCUGCCGCUCCGGGCUCCCUGGGCUCCUUGUCCCACUACCAGAACAUGGGCCAGUCCAUGAGCCAGCUGGGAUACCCCUCCAGCGCCAGCCUGAGCCGGGCCGGGCCCAAGGAGAUCCCCCCGAAGCCCUAUAGACGCUCCAUGACGCACGCCAAGCCGCCGUACUCCUACAUCUCCCUCAUCACCAUGGCGAUCCAGCAAAGCGGCAGCAAGAUGCUCACCCUCAACGAGAUCUACCAGUGGAUCAUGGACCUGUUCCCCUACUACCGGGAGAACCAGCAGCGCUGGCAGAACUCCAUCCGCCACUCGCUCUCCUUCAACGACUGCUUCGUGAAGGUGGCUCGCUCGCCCGACAAACCGGGCAAAGGCUCCUACUGGACUCUGCACCCGCAGUCGGGGAACAUGUUCGAGAACGGCUGCUACCUGCGGCGCCAGAAGCGCUUUAAGAUCGAGGACAAGGCGGCGAAGAAAGGCGGCAAGAGCCAGGAGGGGGGCUCCGGAAAAGCGGGCCACGGCGGAGACCACCUGGGGGAGGACUGCAGCCCCGCCGGCGGGUCGGAGGGGGCCGACUCCACCCACUCAGACAACUCCCACCCGGGCUCCUCCGACGACCAGCCGCUCCCCAGAAACCCACUGCUGUCCAUGGACUGCCCCUCGCUGCCGUCCUCGCACCUGCACAGCCCGCCCGUGUCCCUGCCGCCAUCCUCCUCCACCUCCUCCGCCCUCCCCCCGUCCUCCAUGUCCCUCUCCACCCCGUCCUCCUCCAACCCUCUGCUCCACUCCCAGUCCUUGGCAGGAAGCCCUCACCUGCUGCAGAGCUCCAUGCAGCAGCACAUAGAUCUCCAGAGCGACGCCCUCAAGUCCCUGGAUCCUCACUACAACUUCAACCACCCCUUCUCCAUCACCAACCUCAUGUCUAAUGAGCAGAAGAUGGACCUCAAGUCCUACCAGGACCAGGUGAUGGCCUACAACAGCUACGCUAGCGGCUCCCCUGUCAGCGCCAAGCAGAUCUACGACAGCCCUGGGCCGGCUGCCAUGGACUCAGGCAGUUACUACCAAACUCUGUACAGCCGCUCUGUGCUCAACGCCUCGUAAUAUGGACACACGCCGCACUCACACCUGUGAUUGGAGGUGAGACAAAAUGGAGGCUUCUCUCCCUGCCUUCUCUAAAAUGGACACCGAGCUCUUUAUCGUCCUCCAUCUUCCUCCCUCUCUGGCACAAGCGAAGCGGCCUUGAACGAGACUCACAUCUAACAUGGCUGCCAAGUUUGAGGGACGAAGAUCUGUUUUUUUCCGGAGACUGGCUGGUUACAUGGAGGAAGUGAAGUGAGGUGAAUGGUAGAAGUCUUAACUGAUGAAGACGUUUGAUUCGCCCGUGUGUAAGUCAAAAUAGAUCUCGCUUUUACCUGUUGCAGCAGCAAAAUUGUACAAAAUGUAAAUAGAGGUAAUGUGGGGGGGGGGGGGGGAUAUCUGCAUUUAUUUAUGAAGGGAAUAAAUUUUAAUAUAUCUUGAAUAGAGCUCUGUCGACCGGUUACAACCCAAAUGUGAGGUGUCUUUUAAUCUGAGGUGAGUUUCAGGUUACUGCUUCAGGCAGAUGUUACUGCAGCGGGAGACAGUACAUUUUUUGUGUUACACCAAUUCAUAGGUUCCUGCGUUUCUGUCAGAUCAGGCUUCAGUCACUGCAGAUGUAGUUCACGAGGUCUGUAAUUGUUUUUCAUUUUGGUGAAAAAUGAAGAAAAAACCAUUUAGUUCUUUCUGAAUCACAAAGAAGGAGAGAUUCAG